AGCCCCGGGUGAUAUAAAAAGGCUAAACAACGCAAGGCAUUCAUUCUCACCCGAGCAAAGCACCGACGAGGGAUCUAUUGUUCCAAAAUUAAAUUAACAACAUGAAGAUCGUCAUAUUACUUUCCAUUUGGAUAGCAGUAGCUGUAGCAGCACCAAAGAGGGCAAAACGAGAGGCCUACGAUCUCCCUGACGGAGCUGACAUCUUAGUAGGCCCAAUUAAGACUUCCUUCACCUGUUUCAACGAUGGCUACUAUGCCGACGUGGACAACAACUGUCAGAUCUUCCACGUUUGCCAUUCAACAGCCAGGGAAGACGGAACCGCCGAAACUCAACAGUGGUCUUUCCUUUGUGGCAACCAGACCCUCUUCAACCAACUGACCCUCACUUGUGCGGACCCAGACGAUGCCAUUCCAUGUCCUGAAGCACCAAGUUUCUAUUUCGUGAACGAUCGAAUCAAUGCUGGAGAUCCUACAUUGUACUUCUUGAAUGAGGAGGAUAUAGAGAGAGCAGAGCCCUUGCUGUACAGGUCCAGGACUGGAGACUUUGGCAACCAAGUUGCUCCACAGAGACAGCCACAGCGUGGAUAAAACUCCUAUAGCUUCAAAGUAACAACUUCUAUAAGAACUGAACCUGGCCUGGACUGUUGGACUUUGUAGAGUGUGUGAAACCUUGUACUCAAAUUGCUCGCAGCAUGCAUUAAUGGUAGAUUUUUGCUUCCUUCAUAAUGCAGAACUUUGUGCCAAACUCUAGGACAUAGGGAGAUACUACAUAAAUAAUCUUCCGAUUUUUUUUUCCAUUAAAUACUCUUCUGAUGUUUUAUUUUUAUUUAUCUACCUCAUCGCUUUUUCUAGAGCUUAAACCUUUAUAUUUUCAAUUUUUCAAAACGUUAAUUUCAAAACGAUUUUUCCUUGUCUAUAGUAAUCUUUCAACAGGUUUUGCUUCCUAAGACACUAUACAUCAAUCACUUCACUUUUGAAUGCUGGUGUUGGCAAUAUUUGGCUUUUUCAUCUUUCAUGGUAACAUUUAUGUUUUGGGGUUGCAAAGGGCAUUAUUAACACAUUUUACUAAUCAAAGCAUGUGCUUUGAAACUAGCAUUUUGUUUCAAGUCUUAAGUAUUAUGUUUCAAGAAUAUGAUUGCAAUGUGCAGGUACUACUAUUUCGUGUUUUUCUAUCGCUCACAAGGUUUCUCGUUACUCAAUCACCUAUUGUAAACUAUGUCAGCCGUGUUGUUGCUGCAAUUCUUUUGGGGGUUUUAGGGAACUUUCGGUUGCAUUAUGAACCUCGUGGGCUUGUACGUUGAGUACCUGUGAUAAAGUUGAUCAUUCUCGUCAACGCACUGUUUUGUUUUUAAUAAAUGUGUUGCACAAGUUUUACAGCUGUUUUCUGAUUAUUGUGUUUUUCUACUUUGACAUCAAACAUAUAACA